GUCACCCGUAAACAUCGUUAUGGUUUGUCUUAGUCGUACUCACCUAAAGUAGAUGGUUAUACCGCGGCAACGUUUUGUUGUGCGCUAUAUACGAAAUGUUGAAUUACGUUUAUCUUUGAGCCUUGGAUUUUAAUGGACAGCGUGUCUAUCUAUCAUCAUGAGCCACGGUUCAAUUAUGUCGGGACGCAUCAUUUAAUGAACUUCCCUGAACGAUUACAUAUCUUCAUUAUUCAAGAUGAUUUUAAGAUUGCCGCUAUCGACAUGGAUGAACACUGUGAUACUAUGCAUAACCUUUGGGAAUGUUGCCUUCGCUCAAAAUAGUACUCAUGCGUCUACUGGUACCGCAUCGACGUCCACUUCUUCUUCUAGUACUAAUACUCCAAAAUUACUUCAAGGAAUUAACCUUAACGGAACCGGUGUAUUAAGCGGCAUUCCCAUUCCGACAAUGUUCCCACCUGUGAUUACUCCCAUUUCUGAAACACUGCGUGUCAAAACGGACCCGGUCGCCUCUCAGGAAUCCACCACCACAGCACCGUCGACCUCUUCACCAUCGACACCAACAUUCCAUUUAUCUGACCUCCUGGCGGACAAUGCCACGCUGGCAUCUCUACUGGCGGCCGUUAUCAACACGGCCAAUAAACAACUGACCGUUCCCAGUCAAGCGUCCAGCGUACCGGCCGUGGCGACCGCCGGGGUCGCAGCACCGGCAGCGGGCGCCGCUAUAUCCGCUAGUCUUCCGGGUCAGCAGUCUGGAUACAGUGCCGGACAGGCGGCUCAAAGCGGCCCGUCCAACCUACCCGGACAAGUACCCCAGCAACCGGCACCCGCUCCCGUAAACCAAAACUUCGCGGUCCUUCCAGCUGGUGGUGCAUACGGAGGGGUCGGAGUCCAGACACAGCCAACGGGAAUUAACAGUUUCGGAUUUUCCGGGCAGCAGCCGUCUCAAGGUGUCAACGCGGGAGGAAUCAUCCAGCAGCCCAACACGUUCGCAGGAGGAAACACAAACUUUAAUACUGGUAAUCAAUUUUCAUCUAAUCAGAAUCAAAUAACCGGUGGAAUAUCCGGAAUCGGCGGCAACCAGUUUUCCGGCGCUCAACAGAAUCCAGCACAGCAGAAUCAACUCAACAACUUUGGAUCCAAUUUUAACCAGCAAAUGCAAAAUAACGUGGGAGUGACCAAUCAGCAGCAGUACCUGGGACCAUCGAGACCUGCCAGUUCAUACGGAAGCGGAGGUACAGUCGGCAUCCAGCAAGCACCGAUGCAACAACCGGUGCAGCAACAACCUAUCCAGCAGCCGCAGCAGCCGUUACCGCAAAAUCAGCAGGGUGGUUACGGAGUUGGUAAUAUUGGUCAGCAGCCGAUCCAGCAACCGCAACAACCCCUGUUGCAAAAUCAACAAGGCGGUUACGGAGGCAAUAAUAUCGGACAACAGCAAAUCCAGCAACCGCAACAACCGUUGCCGGCGCAGAAUCAACAGGGUGGGUAUGGAGGCGGCGGCGCUGGUCAGCAGCCGAUCCAGCAGCCGAUUCAGCAGCCUCAGCAACCCUUAAUACAGAAUCAGCAGCAGCAGGGUGGUUACGGAAGUGGUGGUGCCGGUGGCAUCCCUAAUAACAAUUUCCCGCCAACAUACGCCACGCCCCUUCCAACCGGAUUCACCGCCGCUCCCACGUUCCCGCCCCAGCCGUUAACGGGAUUCACCGCCGCACCGACGCCACCCAUGAACUUACAAACGCCGUUGCCCAUUAAUUCCAAUACGUACAACCAGAUGACCAGCGGCUUUCCUCUGCCGGUGGGGUACUACGCCAGUCCUCAGCAGUCCGGUCCCGGAGGUAUUCUGCCGCCACCCACCACGGGGUACGGCGGCGGAGCCAGCAUGCAGCAAGUCGUUCAACCUGCCGUCAAUAACCAGAACGUGAACAAUAAUCAGCAGCCGAACAGCGGAUUUAAUGCUCAGAGCGGUAACACGCAGAAUGCCGCCGGCUACAGCGGUCCAACGGCCCAGGCCAAUACGGCUUUCCUGGGCGGCGGCGGCGGCAUUAGUGCUGGUGGUGGAUUCCAAGGUCUACAGCCGGUACAAAAUACCAACGUUAACAGUCAAGCGCAAAAUCAGCAACAAAAACAGUAUGGAACGGGACCGUUCGGCAGUGCCGCCCCGCAAGGUCAACAGCAGCAGCUGGGCACUGGACAGCAGCCCGGGCAAACAAACAGCCAAGGAAACUACGGGAGCAGCAGUUACAGUGGUGGUGUGCCUAAUCAGCAAGUCCAAAAUCAAUUUGCGAACCAAGGGGGUAACACUAUCCAAGGAGGCCAAACGGGAUUUGGUGGAGUGGUCAAUAGUCAACAACCUGUGCAACAGCAGCAACAAUCUGGGUUCGGCUUUCAGGGAGUACCAAACCAGAAUCAACAAAUCGGUCAGCCUCAAAACCAACAAAACCCGAAUCUAGGAUUCGGCAACAAUGUCGGCAACGUAAAUUCGGGAGUGUCACAGCAAUCUGGCUAUGGCAACCAAAAUAAUAUCAAUCCAGGCGCGGGAAGUUUCCCACAGAACACCAAUAUCGGAUCAGUUGGUCAACAGGGAAUAAAUCAGCAACAGCAGUUCCCUUCAGGUGUCCAAAACCAGCCAAACAAUCAAGUUCCCGCCAUUCCCGCUACACCCAACCAAAUUCAAAACCAGCAAGUCCAGCAGUCAAGCAUCAGCGUUCCCGGUCUCCAGGGCGGCUACGGCCAGGCAUCCGGCGGACAGCCAGUGAACAACCAACCGGUACAGAUUCCGGCAUCCGCUCCGCCGGUUAUUUUAUCCGCCGGUCAAGGUGGACAGAAUACCGCGGCUUCCAUUCAGACUCCUAUCCCACCGGCAAAUUUAGGGCAAAAUCCUACCACUGCCAUCACCGCGCCCAAUGUGCUGGUGCAGAAUCCGGGCACAACCACACCCUUUUCGGGAUUCGGUGGACUGGGAUCACUGGCACAAAGCAUUCAAGAGCAAUUAGGCGUAACGCGACCCACCACCACAGGUCAACCAGCUACCACAUCGUCCAACCCGUUUCCGGUCAUAACACCGACGGUACAGCCUGGUGUGCCGGUGUCAAACACCAUUGCCACGAGUAACCAGGGAAUUAAUACACAAGUCGGUUCGGCUGGGGCUGGACAGCAAGCCACGUCAAAUCAACAGAUGCAGCAGCCAUCCGCACAAUUUCCUUUGGGUUCGCAGUUCGGUGCGCAGCAAGCGACGGGUGGCCAACCGGGUCAACAGAUCAAUCCGGCGUUUGGCAAUGCUCAACAGACCGGUGGUCAAUUUGGGUUGGGCGGAGUGAAUCAGGUCACUCAGCAGCCGCAGACCGGGGUGAAUCAAGCACAAAAUGUGGGAAACGUUGGAGGAUAUAAUACUGGUUCUUUGGGAGGCGGUAUCCCGGUGAGUCAAGGCAUUGGCGGAGGAUUUGGACAACAAGCUAGUGGAGGACUGCAGAAUAUCGGCACCGCAAACACUGGUGGUGUACAGCCUGUCAAUACCGGACAACAGCAGCAGAACAUUAAUCAGCCAGUGACCUAUGCAACUUUGAACAGAGGAAAUUCUUAUCGAUAAUUAUAAUACGUGAUACAAGCUAUUUGCAAUGUUUUUUUAGUUGCUGCCUAAUACUUUUAAAUGCUUUCUUCGUUUUGCAGAGAUUUAUGACCAAUGGAGCUAAAACGUUAUUAAUUUUGC